UCCUCCUAAAUCAACGUAUCAAACAUGAGAACACCAAGAUCACUCCUGGUCAUUUUCCUCCUACAUCAGGUGUGGUGCAGGAAGGUCCAGCUGCAGUUCCCAGAGACAGAGCUGAUAGAGUGGGAGCAGGGGGACCAUGAGGAGAAGUUCUCCCCCAGUGGAGCCGGUGCCAGUCCCAGAGUCCUCAACCCCCUGAGGCUGUUCGCUAGGGGGGUUCCUGGAGCUGUCGGGCCCCCCAGCCUUAAACAUAACCCCAUCAGGGACAUGACAUACCUAGACAACAUGGAGGACUUCUGGGAUUGGUUAUCCAACCAGACAGAUGUUCAGGCCAGCCAGGUCAGAGCCAAGCGACGACCCAUCGUCAAGACAGGCAAGUUCAAGAAGAUGUUUGGCUGGGGAGACUUCCACUCCAACAUUAAGACUGUCAAGCUUAACCUGCUGAUCACCGGGAAGAUCGUGGACCACGGUAACGGAACGUUCAGUGUCUACUUCCGCCAUAACUCCACCGGCCUGGGGAACGUGUCGGUGAGUCUGGUGCCGCCGUCUAAAGUGGUGGAGUUUGAGAUAGCUCAGCAGUCCACACUGGAGACAAAAGACUCUAAAGCUUUCAACUGUCGUAUCGAGUAUGAGAAGACGGACCGCAACAAGAAGACGGCUCUGUGCAGCUUCGACUCCUCCAAGGUGUGUUACCAGGAACAGACACAGAGCCACGUCUCCUGGCUCUGCUCUAAGCCCUUUAAAGUCAUCUGCAUCUACAUCGCCUUCUACAGUGUGGACUACAAACUGGUGCAGAAAGUCUGCCCGGACUACAACUACCAUAGUGACACACCCUACUCCUCCACUGGCUGA